UUAUGUGUUAUAUAUUAUUUUUAUUUAAAUUUACCCUAUAAGUAAUUAAAUUAAUCGUGCAAGCUUAUUAAUAUAUUGAGCAAUAUUUUUUGACUUCAGUAUCUGUCGGUCGGGCGCUUAGUCAUCACUGCAAUCUCGUUACAUUAAAUACUUAUCUUUGUUGAUAAAAUAUACCAUUUAUAUAAAGCAGAAAGUAAGUUGACCGUGAACAGACGGUGCAAGUGAAUAUUAAAAAAAAAAUACUUUCGUUUCUUUCAUUGUGAUUACGUAGUGAAUAAUGGGAAUACAUUGUAAAAUAAACCUUAAGCCACCGCCAAAUGGUGUGUUUUUAUCUGGCAGUGUGAUCACAGGAGAAAUAAAAUACGCCGUAGAUGAGGUAACUUCGCUAAAACAAAUUACAUUGUCUCUCAAAGGCAUUGGUACAUUACGUAUGAAAAAGAGAUCGGCAUCACGCCACGAGAAGUCCAAAGUAAUAUAUCGCACGGAGGAGUAUGUAAACAUAAAGCAGGUUCUUUUAAAUAAAGAUAAUGGCGAUGGUAAUUUAGAGAUUGGAUCGUAUACAACGCCAUUUAAAUUUGAAAUACCUGAACGUAUACCACCAUCUGCCGACAUAUUUCGGAAACAGGGCAAUCACACAUUAAGAUACAAAGUUGAAUAUUUUAUUUCAAUGAAAUUCGAGAAAACAGCAUUUUUCUCCUUUACGAAACGGUUCAGAAAAGAUAUAAAAGUAUUAUCUGAUAUUAUACCGACGUUGCCCCGGGAUGCAAUGAUUUUCGGGGAGAGAAAAACCCUAUUUCAACCAUUCUCUAGUACAGAUUCUAUAGUCAAUUUGAAGUCGACAAUUUUGUCUUCAGUCGUCCGAGCAGGGGACACUAUUCAAUUCGAAUAUGAAAUAGCUAACAAUAGCCACGUGACAGUGAAUUCAGUCGAAACAAAAUUAAUUGAAUUGAUCAAGUCAAAAAAGCGUAGAAGUCAUAUAACAUUUACGAAAAGUAUUGAUGGUACAGAUUCAAAAUCUGGAAGUAUCGAAAAUGGAAAAUCUCAGCAAAUGAUUACCGAUAUUAGAGUACCAGAGGAUGCUUUAACGAUUAGUGCUUGUAACUUAGCAGAGAGGAGUUAUGCCGUUCUCAUAACAGUAGGACUACCGAUGCCACAUAUGAACUUUGAGCUUACAAUACCAGUAGAAAUAAUGUUGAAAUCAGAUAAUGUUGUUGAGAUCUCUGGUGAGGAUGCGCCACCGUCAUAUUGGGAUGUCAUGUGUGAAGAUAAGAAAGAAUUAGAAAUGAAUAAAAAUGAUUUAGAUGGUGAAUGAUUUUUAUCAGAUAAAGGAUCUAUUUUGAUAUUUAUAAAUAAGUGGAGGAGGAUAAAUAAGGAUUCAAUCUCUUUUUUCAAAACAAUAAAAUAUAUUUAAAGUUGAACUUUUGAUAACUAAACGUUAAAGAACUUUUAUACUAGUAUUAACGAUAUUAUUUAUAAGAUUUUGUAUGUUGAUAUUAUGAAAUAAAUAUUGUGAAUGACC